AUGUUGCAGAAUAAAAUAGAGGAUAGCGUAAGUAAUGAAGAAGUGGAAGUUGAUAUAGACGAAUUGCUCGACAUGGACAGUGACGAACACAGACGGAGGCAUUUACAGAACAUCCUUAUCAAUGCCAAAGGCUCACAAAAUGAUGUUAAGGUAAUGGGUAUUUUCAUUCUUUUGAGACUUUUAUUUAGUUUUUCUUUUAAUGAUAAUAGAGAGUUGUUGUAA